ACCAACCGGCCGCCCCCUUCUCCCGUCUGGCGGGAUGCCUCCGGUGCCCGUGCUUUGCGGGAGCUGCGGGGCUCAGCGGGCCGCGCUCCGUCGCCCUAAAACCGGCCAGGCGUUGUGCCGGAGCUGCUUCGCGGCCGCUUUCGAAGCGGAGGUGCACGACACCAUCGUGUCUGCUGGGCUUUUCCAGCCGGGCGAGACGGUGGCCAUCGGGGCGUCGGGCGGGAAGGAUUCCACGGUGCUGGCGCACGUGCUGCGCCUGCUGAACCAGCGCCACGGGUACGGCUUGCGCCUCUUGCUGCUUUCCGUGGACGAAGGCAUCGCGGGCUACCGGGACGACUCGCUAGCCGCCGUCCAGCGCAACCGGGGCCGCCUGGGCCUGCCUUUGCACGUGGUCUCCUACCGGGAGCUUUACGGAUGGAGCAUGGACCGCAUCGUCCAACACACGGGAUCCAGGAACAAUUGCACCUUCUGCGGCGUCUUCCGGAGGCAGGCGCUGGACCGGGGCGCCGUUUUGUUAGGGGCCGACAAGAUAGCCACAGGUCAUAACGCCGAUGACGUGGCUGAGACAAUCUUGAUGAAUUUCCUGCGGGGCGACGUUGGCCGGCUUCAACGCUGCGCCGAAAUCCUGACGGGCGGUGAGGGAACCCUGCCUCGCUGCAAACCGCUGAAGCACGCUUACGAAAAAGAGAUUGUGCUCUAUGCCUACUUCCAGGGCUUGGAUUACUUCAGCACCGAGUGCGUGUACGCCCCCAAUGCCUACCGGGGCCACGUCCGUGCCUUGCUGAAAGACCUGGAAGCUAUCCGGCCUAGCUCAGUGGCUGACUUGGUGCACUCGGGGGAGCGUCUGGCUAUCCGUAAGGACAUUCGCUUGCCCGUCCAGGGCACCUGCCGGCGGUGCGGCUACUUCUCUAGCCAGCCCCUUUGCAAAGCUUGUGUGCUGUUGGAGGGGCUCAACCGUGGACUCCCUAAGCUGGCCAUUGGCAAAACCAACCGACUGCAGAAGGCUUUGUUGGAGGGGGAAAAGCCAGAAGCUGGAUUAGAAAUAGAGGAGAACUCAAGGAAACCAAGCCGGAUUGGAAGGACAAUAGACUUCUGAACUCCCUCUUUUUAUUGUCCUGGUCAGGGUUGCUGAGGUGGGAUGGGAUUUUUUUUAAAAAAGAAAAUAUUCUUAAGAAUGAAUGGCAUAGAUCAGGGAGUUGGGAAGCAGUGCAACCCCAUCCCAGUUGCUGGGCUACAAGUCCCAGUAGGAUGGGCAAGGGUGAUGGUUCUUGGGCGGCCAUCUUGCAAAAGUCAUUGGAUUCCCAGCUGCGGUGGUAGUUUCUGUCAGUGUGUUUGCACUAAAAGGGCAGGAACCACCUUCUGUGCUGUCCUUCCCUGAUAACCUUGGGUGUGUUGGGCUUAGGCCUCUUCUUCCUCAUUCAGCCUUUGCUGCUGUUGGCUGGGAAUUGUGGAGGCAUGCACAUAUCUGGAGGAAGGAGGUUUUGAGGAAGGUUGUUUUCUGUGCACUGCAGCUGUUCCCAAAAUGUUGAUUGCAGCCACAAGAUUAUAGGUGGCCUCUAAUCACAGAAGAAUGAGGUCAUCCUUCAUGGAAAGAAGUUCAAGGAUAGGAUGGUGGAUGACCAGUCUCUCCUUGGCUUGUUCUUCCCCAUCUUCACACAUGACCUCUUCAGGCAGUUCAACUUUCUGAGUGAUCUACAGUAGCUUUGCUGGCUGGGGAAUUCUGGGAAUUAAAGUCCUCCCGGCUUAAAGUUGCCAAGGUUGGAGACCCCUGAUCUAGAAAUUCAACAGUAACCAGACUCAUCAAUUGAGCCAAACUAAAACCAUGGUUGGCUCAGCUAUGAUUUAUUGGGCAAAUCUCUGAGGGAGGUAGGCAGUAUAGAAAUAUGAAAUAUAAAUAAAACAAAUUAUAUGACAAAUAAGUGUGUGGUCUCUAAAAUAGCAGAAUUUUUCGGUUUCCUUAUAAAAUGCUUUGAAUAUAAAUUGUUCUGAAUUUGUUGCCUCUCCCUUUUUAGCUACCGCGCUACUGGCUACCUCGCACAGCUAGAAAACACCUUGCUAUCGUUUGCUCAAUGUCAGAAUUCUCCCAUUUGCAAUUUGGGAUGGCAGUUAUCAAACAGUAGCCAUAGACUGUGUCUCUGUGAUUCUGAAGCAGUGAAAACUUAUUUCUUCGUUGCUCCUUUUAUAGACAUUCAAACCAGGUUUGUCCUCCUGACCAUCAUACCCUGAUUUCUCAGCCUAUGCCCAGAUUCUCCUUGGAGAUGAACUACCAUUUAUUAUUACAUCCUGUUGCGCUAUCAUUUGUACUUGAACCUGUGUGAGGAACUAAUUGAGUCCCUUAUAAAGGAGUUCCUAAGCAGAGACAACCAUGGGGACAUCUACCUACCAUGACUAUUUUUUUUUUUUUAAUUUGAUUUAUAUGCCGCCCUUCUCCGGAGAUUCAGGGCAGCUUACAAGGCAUUAAGCAAUAGCCUUCAUACUUUUGUAUAUUUAUACAAAGUCAGCUUAUUGCCCCCACAAACUGGGUCCUCAUUUUACCUACCUUAGAAAGGAUGGAAGGCCGAGUCAACCUUGAGCCUGGUGAGAUUCGAACUUACAGUAAUUGCAGACAGCUGGUGUUAAUCACAAUGCUAUCAGUCUGCUCAGCCACCAGCCACCACUAUGGUUUGAGGACAUCUGGGGGUCCCUCAAGAAGACCAUUUGAGAGGUUUGCAAAAUCAAAAUUAUUUGCCAGAUAUUGACGAUAUUUGGAAACAUUUAAAACAAUGUCAUUCUUCUCAUUAUUUUUCAUUUGUUAAAAGAUACUAUUUUUUCCCAUGAACAGUAUUUUAUUUACAUUAAUAUCUAGCAAAGGUAUCCAACCUUGGCAACCAUAAGACUUGUGGACUUCGCUCCCAGAAUUCCCCAGCCAGCUUGUUGAAGUCAAGAAGUUUUAAAAUUGCCAAGAUUGAACAUCCCUGAUCUAGUGGGUUUAAUGCUAUAUUGUUAUUUUUACAUGAUUCAAUAAAUAUAAACACUAUUUUAGCAGAAAAUAAGACCACUCUUACCUGUAAUGUAGCCAAAUUUUGUCUUGCUGCCACAAGAAUGAGGAAAUUAACAUCAACCAAUAAAAUUGUAUUUUCAUGAUA